CCUACCAGCAGCCUCCUUGAGGUGGGAUCUAAAACAGGAGGGCUUCACAGUUCAACUCUCGCCGAGCGGAGAGGAGGAAUCAGUACUAGGCAGAGGCUCCUUCCGAAGAUGUGAAGAUAAACACCGCGUUACAGCGCCGCGACGUCCAUAACAGCUCGUUUAUACUUUUCAACGGGGAGAAGUCAUUUUUAGUAAAUGCACUUUGUAGCAGCGCUACACUCGCGAUUUUAUUUUUCCUUUUUUUUAAUUUUUCGCAUUUGUGAGCGAUCGCGAUGGCAGUUCAGUCCACAUCCGGGCCACAAUGCCUUGACUCCAUUAUUGUCUCAAACUGACGGAGUGGUUGAUAAACCUUGUUAUUUUUUUACAUUUAACGACACAUUUUUAUUACGUGCUGUGAAGGCUGGAACCAGGAGGAGAUGUCUAACCAAGGAGUUCGGCGGAAUGGCCCGGUGAAGCUGCGACUAACAGUCCUCUGCGCUAAAAACCUGGUGAAAAAGGAUUUCUUCCGCCUCCCUGAUCCCUUUGCCAAGGUGGUUGUGGACGGCUCAGGGCAAUGCCACUCUACAGACACUGUGAGAAACACACUUGACCCCAAGUGGAAUCAACACUACGACCUAUACAUUGGAAAAUCAGACUCCAUCACUAUCAGUGUAUGGAAUCACAAGAAGAUUCACAAGAAGCAAGGGGCUGGGUUCCUGGGCUGUGUACGCCUUCUGUCCAACGCUAUUAACCGCCUUAAAGACACGGGCUACCAGAGACUAGACCUGAACAAGCUGAGUCCCAAUGACAGUGACACAGUCAGAGGCCAAAUAGUGGUGAGCCUGCAGUCUAGGGACCGGAUAGGCACAGGUGGCCCUGUGGUGGACUGCAGUCGGCUGUUUGACAAUGAUCUUCCAGAUGGCUGGGAGGAGAGGAGGACUGCGUCUGGACGAAUCCAGUACUUGAACCACAUCACACGCACCACACAGUGGGAGAGGCCUACCAGGCCUGCAUCAGAGUACUCCAGCCCUGGCCGGCCCCUCAGCUGCAUCGUGGAUGAGAACACGCCCAUCAGUACGAACGGUGCCACACCCACCACAGCAUUGCCACCAAUUGACGGUGACCAGCGGGCCCAGGAGAGACGGGUCCGCUCGCAAAGGCACCGCAACUACAUGAGCAGAACCCACCUGCACACGCCUCCAGACCUGCCUGAGGGAUAUGAGCAAAGGACCACGCAGCAAGGCCAAGUGUACUUCCUCCAUACUCAGACAGGUGUCAGUACCUGGCACGACCCCCGAGUACCCAGAGACCUGAGCAAUGUGAACUGUGAGGAACUGGGUCCUCUACCUCCAGGAUGGGAGAUACGGAACACUGCCACAGGGAGGGUUUACUUUGUCGACCACAACAACCGAACCACGCAGUUCACAGACCCACGCCUCUCUGCCAACCUGCAUCUAGUCCUAAAUCCAAGUCCUAAUGGUUCUCGAGGAGGGAUCGAAAGUCAGAAUGUCAGUCGUCAGAACCAGUUGAAGGAUCAGGCCCAGCAGGCUCUGGUGUCUCCCGGUCAACUCCCAGAGGAGGCCGAAUGCCUCACGGUGCCCAAGUACAAGAGAGACCUUGUUCAGAAGCUCAAGAUCCUCCGCCAGGAACUGUCCCAGCAGCAGCCUCAGGCUGGCCAUUGCCGCAUUGAGGUGUCCCGUGAAGAGAUCUUUGAGGAAUCGUAUCGACAGGUGAUGAAGAUGAGGCCAAAGGACCUGUGGAAAAGGCUAAUGGUGAAGUUUAGAGGAGAAGAGGGGCUUGACUAUGGAGGAGUGGCCAGGGAGUGGCUUUAUCUGCUGUCGCAUGAGAUGCUGAACCCAUACUACGGCCUGUUCCAGUACUCCCGUGAUGACAUCUACACACUGCAGAUAAACCCAGACUCUGCUGUCAACCCUGAGCACUUGUCAUACUUUCACUUCGUGGGCCGUAUCAUGGGGAUGGCAGUGUUCCACGGCCACUACAUAGACGGAGGCUUUACUCUACCCUUCUACAAACAGCUGCUGGGUAAACCCAUCACCUUGGACGACAUGGAGUCUGUUGACCCCGACCUGCACAACAGCCUUGUCUGGAUUCUGGACAAUGACAUCACAGGUGUGCUGGACCACACCUUCUGCGUAGAACACAAUGCCUAUGGAGAGAUCAUACAGCAUGAGCUCAAGCCCAAUGGUAAGAGCAUCCCUGUCACCCAGGACACCAAGAAAGAGUAUGUCAGGCUCUACGUCAACUGGCGUUUUCUGCGAGGCAUAGAGGCCCAGUUCCUUGCUCUGCAGAAGGGCUUCAAUGAGGUCAUCCCCCAACACCUGCUCAAGGCUUUCGACGAGAAGGAGCUAGAGCUGAUUGUAUGUGGCCUGGGUAAAAUCGACAUCAAUGACUGGAAGUCCAACACGCGGCUCAAACACUGCACUCCAGACAGCAAUAUUGUUAAAUGGUUCUGGAAAGCUGUGGAGUCGUUCGAUGAGGAGCGCAGAGCCCGGCUGCUGCAGUUUGUCACUGGCUCCUCCAGAGUUCCUCUACAGGGUUUCAAGGCCCUCCAAGGUGCUGCUGGCCCACGGCUCUUCACCAUCCACCAGAUUGAUGCUAGCACCAACAACCUGCCCAAAGCCCACACCUGUUUCAAUCGGAUCGACAUUCCUCCCUACGAGCACUAUGACAAACUGUACGACAAGUUGCUCACUGCCAUCGAGGAGACGUGCGGCUUUGCUGUAGAGUGAGUCACUGCUGCAGGCAGAGCUCUGCAACAACUAGAAGAACAUGGUUUGGCCAUGAUGCCCCCCCCCCUCCUCCUGCUCCUCCUCCUCCUCCUCCAACAAAUCAAAUCAAUCCACUCAGAUGGAGGUCAUCCACGGUUACUUCACCCAGAGACGGCCAUACUUCCCAGGAACAUGUGGCCAAGCUAAGGGAGGGUGGGCAAAGACGACCAGAAAAUCUCAUCUGACUGUGGGGUUUUUUAUUUUGGGUUUUUUUUGUUUUUUAUAGACCCUCCAGCCCUCCUUUAUGUCUUUUUUAUCAUUGAAAAGGAUCUCUUCAGCUGCUAAUAACUCAGACUAUUUACUAACUUGUGGAACCUGCAAAAUUUUCUGGCUCUUCCCUUUUUUCUAAGUUCAUUUUAGCAUUCAAAAAAAAGACUGUAUCCAUGUAGCAAUGUUCCAUUUUACCAAGCAGAACACAAACUCGGUCCACUCUGAAACAACAUUAACAAGACUGGUUUGUUUGCUAGAGUACAGAUUCUUAUUGGUUACCACAACCACUUGGAAACACUAAAUUUGGAUGUGGAGUAUGUAUGACUCGGGCCGUUUGGUGCCUCAGAGUGAUCACUCUGGAGCUAUCAGUAAUUCCAAGGCUGGAAAAACAGGGAUGUGUGCUGAUGAGAAGGCAGAGCUAAAGACUGAAUUAGGCAGAGCCCGACUGUUUACAACCCUCUCCAAAGACAGCAGCAGGGACCUCUGGUCCUGAGUCACUGCCCGACAACUAGCGCUGCAUUCCCAGAAACCCUAUUUCACAUAUUUGACUGUCAGUUUUGUUUGAAAAUGAAUAAAUGAAUAAACAACUUGAAAUGUGUUAUUUUUAUAUAA